AUGCAUAGGUACCUCAACUGUUUAGGCAAUGACUCUUUAGCAUUUAUUGUCUGUGUUGUAGAGUUUUAUUGCGACAUGCAUCUUCCAAAAUCAAAAGAACAAAAUGAAAGUGAUUCUGUUAAUCAUAUCCAUAUUGACAAAGCCAAACACCUCGAACAGUUAGAUGUCGAAUUCUUGCAAGAGACAUUGGGUGAUCAAGGAUGUAACGUACAUCGAGGUGAUUGUCUAAAAAAUCAGAAAACAAGCUUUGGAUUGCUGACAACGUUCAUGAACUGUAAAGUGAUUGUGGGAUUUGACGAAUCACAUCGUGCGGAAGGCGUGCGUCGAGUGGUGCGUCACCUUUAUCGUGUAUGGAAAAAUGGUGAAAUACCCGUUGCGAUGCUCUACGACGACGCCUGCACAUAG